UUCUAUAUUGGUGUAACCAUAGAAAAGUAACUACAAUGUAUACUACUUAACUGAUAAACUGUCACAAAGAGUGUUUAUAAUAAAGUAGGCCGUGAUUCAUGGAAUGUGUUGUCUGCUAUGAUACAUGACAACAAAAAGAAUAUGUUUAUUGGUUAUGUUCAAGCUGUGUAUCCGAUUUGAGAGUGUUGAGUUGAUGUAAAAUUUGUGGUUACGAUAUUAUUACAUUGUUUCGUCUUUUGCUUAGGUUUGUGUACCGUUUUUAGGCCCAAAAAGGUGGUGUUCCCUACAUUACUUACAUUCUAAUUGGUGAGAUUUAAAAGACUGUCACUUUUCCGUUGUCAUUUUAUCCAAGCUGGACAUGGAAGCACGAGAAAAAACAGAACAAUUGCUAGCUUUAAAAGUGAUGAGGCUGACUAGGCCUACUCUGGCGAGUCCUCUAAUUGUGCAGACAGAGUCCACAGACCUUCCUGGUAUGCAUUUGAACAACCAUUUGAAGAGUGAUAUUACUUCAGUUGCUGGAGCAGAAUCAUUUGCUGUGGGACAGUUACUACUCUUGCCACAGAGUUUUGGGAACAUCUACUUGGGAGAGACAUUCUCGAGCUACAUUUGUGUACAUAAUGAUAGCACUCAAUCUGCCAAAGAUGUCACUCUCAAGGCCGAUCUUCAGACCAGUUCCCUGCGUAUCCCCUUGACCGGCCAUCAGAGUGAUUCCGUGGCCAGGGACCUCGACCCCGGUCAGAACUUGGAUGAAGUCAUACACCAUGAAGUCAAGGAAAUUGGAACACACAUCCUGGUAUGUGAAGUGAGUUACUCACCUCAGACAUUGACAAGCAACCGAAUGUCGUUCCGAAAGUUCUUCAAGUUCCAGGUCGUCAAGCCACUCGAUGUCAAGACAAAAUUUUACACUGCAGAGUCAGACGAAGUGUACUUAGAGGCCCAAGUGCAGAACAUCACAUCUGGCCCCAUCAGCCUGGAGAAAGUCACUCUGGAAUCUUCUCAUCUCUUCACUGUGACCGCUCUCAAUACUAAGGACGAUGGCGAGUCAGUGUUUGGGCAAGUAAACUGUGUGCCAGCUAAUGCGAGCCGACAGUUUCUGUACUGCCUACGGCCACAGGACUCUCUGACCGCAGACUUGCGGCUUCUCAGUGGUGCCACCAACAUCGGAAAAUUAGACAUUGUCUGGCGCUCCAACAUGGGCGAGCGCGGCCGCCUGCAGACAUCUCAACUACAAAGAAUGGCUCCAGAGUAUGGAGAUAUGAGACUGUCAGUGCAAGAGUUACCCAACAUUGUGCCUCUAGAGGAACCUUUCGACUUUCUCUGCAGGAUAAUCAACACCUGUGAACGGUCACUGGACAUUGUGUUGAAACUGGAGCCAUGUGCUGGGCUGGCAUGGUGUGGUGUGUCUGGUCGCCAACUGGGAAAACUGGAACCUGCACAGUCUGUCCACAUCAACCUGACGGUGGUGCCUCUGAUGCCAGGACUUCAGAACAUAUCUGGUAUCCGGCUGGUGGACACAUUCUUAAAGAGAACCUAUGAGUACGAUGAACUCGCACAAGUAUUCGUAACACAGAAGGAUACAGACUUCCUGCAACGUCCAGUUGAAGUGCAACAGACAUCUGCAGAGCUUCAUUUUAACUUCAACAGAAGUUGCUGCAUAAUACAUACAUUCCAAAUAUUGUUGUUAUCCUUUAAUAAAGUGUUAAUUAUUAUACUUUUAAUUUAAUUAUUAAUUUCAAUUUAUGUACAUAUUAGUUAUGAUCGAUUAAAAUAAUUUUGAUGUUA